AAUACCUGUGAGUUCCGUCGGGCUGCAACUACACGACAUCGCUUUUGUCCCGUCGCUCGUCUCCUUCUUCCUCUUCUUCCACUUUCCUUCCUCUCCUUCCCCUCCUCGAUCGGUUCCUUCUGCAGAUCGAAUUCACGUCGGAUUCCUUCUGGUUCCUUCCGUUAUUCAUCGGAAAAGCUUGCUCCGAUCUGAUCAUCGCGAGCGAGGCUCACGAGGCACGGACAGGGGCAGAGAGAGAGAGAGAGGGGGGAGAUAGAGAGAGAUGUCGUACGCCUACCUGUUCAAGUACAUCAUCAUCGGCGAUACAGGAGUUGGAAAAUCAUGUCUUCUGCUGCAGUUUACGGACAAGCGGUUCCAGCCGGUGCAUGACUUGACAAUUGGUGUCGAGUUUGGUGCCAGGAUGAUCACCAUUGACAGCAAACCGAUCAAGCUGCAGAUAUGGGAUACGGCUGGUCAAGAGUCCUUUAGAUCUAUCACGAGGUCAUAUUACAGGGGGGCUGCUGGUGCAUUGCUAGUCUAUGACAUCACAAGGAGAGAAACUUUCAAUCAUCUAGCUAGUUGGCUGGAGGAUGCAAGGCAGCAUGCGAACGCAAACAUGACAAUAAUGCUUAUUGGCAACAAGUGUGAUCUCGCUCACAGAAGGGCUGUAAGCACCGAAGAAGGGGAACAGUUCGCAAAAGAGCAUGGGUUGAUAUUUAUGGAGGCUUCUGCAAAAACUGCUCAGAAUGUGGAAGAGGCAUUUAUCAAGACGGCUGCAACCAUAUACAAGAAAAUUCAGGAUGGCGUGUUUGAUGUUUCCAACGAGUCUUAUGGAAUCAAGGUGGGGUAUGGUGGAAUUCCCGGACCAUCAGGAGGCAGGGAUGGUGCUACUUCCCAGUCAGGAGGCUGUUGCAGUUAAGAUUUGGAGGAUUCGACCUAUACUGAUUCUCUAGACCUCUUUUCGCUUAUGCAUGUUGUUUUUCAAUUUGUGUCCAAAAAUAUCGUGACCUUUAUCUAGCAUAAGUAAAUCAAUUUCCAAUUGUGUUUAUAUUUUCAAGGUUGCUUUUGGGUGCAUUUCUAUCACGUUGUAAAUUCAACAUAUUCUUGUUUGUAACUGGUGCUGGACCUAUUACAAGUUGUCAAUAUCCAAAAACUGCUUAAUUCUUUCAAUUA